UGCUUGCUGCAGCCGCGCUGGGGGCGAUGUGUCUCGAGACUGUCGGGCCGCAGUCCGUCUUCCGUCCGUCGCGAGCGCUUCGCUGUGCGGCCGCAGCCCGAUGAUGACAGACGAGAGUGCACGUGAACCUCCUCUGGGCUGCCCUCUCUGACUCCUUUUCUGUUUCCUAUCUCCCUCAGAGUGACUCCGUCUCUCUCUCUCUCUCACACACACACACGGGCGCUUGUACCCGCUGCCACUCGAGGCGGUCGAGUGCAGAAACGGUGAAGCCGGAAUAAAUAGAGAGUCCAGUUGGACAGGUGGGCGGUUGGACAUGGUGGACAGACUAGUAGCGGAUGACCUGCUGGAAGGCAGCAACUCAGAGCUCCCUGGAAAGCUGUCAAUGAUGGAGGCGCGUCUACAGGCACAAGAGGAUGAGAUUACUCUGCUGAAAUCAUCGCUGGCAGAAGCUCUGCGCAGGAUACACAUCCAUGACCAACAGGCCCCUCUACUGUGGCAGGAGCUCAUUGCAGUGAACCCAGCCGCUGCCAGGACCUGGAGCCAGUUUGGCAACUUCGGUGCCGUCUCCAAACCCAACAAAUACCUUUCCAGCUCUGCAUUGCUCAACUGCCAGCACAGCACUGCCAGUAAACGUGCUGUCAUGCUGUGUGUUUCCAGCCAAGCCAUCAGCCUUGCUGAGGAUGCCAAGGAGGAAAAAGUUAGCUCUCUGACUCGCGUGCCUUGUUUGGGCCCGUGGCUGAGGCCUGCAACCCUAGACAGAGCCACGCAGACUGACCCGAUUCACAGCCUGUAUCCAGCCAUGCUAGAGCAGGUGCCCCUGGCUCACACUCGUGAGGUACAGAGCCUUUCGCUGGAGGAUGCUUUCUCGGAUGACGUGCCGCCCCUGGUUGAGGGGCGAAGCCUGCUGCAGGAAUCACACGGGGUACGGCAGGAGACACGAGAGGAGGAGAAGAGAGAGAACGACCAAGGCAGUGGAAUGAGGCCCAACUGGGCUUCCCUGGUAGAAGAACCCAUCCAACCCAGUAGUGUGAGUCUGUUCCAGGAGCACCGCUUUACUAAGGACCUCGGAACUUAUGGUCCUCUGGAUGACCAGAACCCUGUACCUUUACCUAUGGACUCUAGUUUCCUUUUCCAUUCCAAGAACCUCAUUCCCAGUGAGCAGGCUGUGCCUGUCUCUCCAGCUCUGGAGGGCCAGAAGAAGACUUUGGUGCGCAGGAAUACAGAGAAGCUGGUGAAAGAGACCCCCCCAGAAAAGACCAAACCAAAGCUGGGGAGGAAGGCCGUGUCCUCCGCCAGCCUGCUUACUCGCUCUAACAGUCUGGAGAGCAGAGCAAAAGACCUCAUUUCCAGUGCGGGAUCCUCCAGAAGAGGCACCUACAGCCAGGGCCAGUCAAUAAAGAUGUUCAUUCGAGGACGGCCAAUCACCAUGUACGUCCCGUCCAACAUUCAGAACUACGAUGACCUGCGAAUGGAGCCCCCAGCAGAGCGACUUGAGCUGGAAUGGGUUUAUGGUUACCGAGGGCGGGACUGCAGAGCCAACCUGUUCCUGCUACCGUCUAGGGAGGCAGUCUACUUCACUGCCUGUGUAGUGGUGCUGUACCACAUCAACAACCGCACACAGCGGCACUACCGCAAACACACCGACUGCGUGCGCUGUCUUGCUGUCCACCCAGACCAGGUGAGAAUAGCUUCAGGUCAGACAGCUGGAGUGGACAAAGAUGGAAAACCUCUCCUCCCCUUCGUGCACAUCUGGGACUCAUCCACCCUGGUCACCCUGCAGCAGAUUGGGUUAGGCAGCUUUGAAAGGGGGGUCAACUCUCUGGCAUUCUCUCGAGCAGACUCUGGAGUGUUCCUGGUUGUGAUCGAUGACUCAAAUGAACACAUGCUCUCUGUCUGGGACUGGGCGAGGGCGACCAAGCAGGCAGAGAUCAAGAGCACCAACGAGGCGGUCUUCGCAGUCGAGUUCAACCCCAGUGACAGCUGCAACAUCAUCACCUGCGGCAAGUCUCACGUCUACUUUUGGACCUUAAGUGGUGGGGUCCUGACCAAGAAGCAGGGCAUCUUCGGGAAAUACAAGAAGCCAAAGUUUAUCCAGUGCUUUCUGUUCAGUGGCACUGGAGAUGUCCUGACUGGAGACUCGGAAGGAAACAUCUUGACAUGGGGCAAAUCAGCCGCUGAUGUCAAAACCUUAGGGAAAGGAGCCAAAGAGACCUAUCAGAUUAUGCGACAGACACGAGCUCACGAAGGCAGUGUCUUUACCUUGUGUGUCCUGCACAGUGGUGCCCUGCUGAGCGGGGGAGGCAAGGACAGGAGGGUAGUCCUCUGGAGUGUGGAUCUCGCCCCUGAGAAGGAAUGUGAGAUCCCAGAGAAGUUUGGAGCAGUCCGUACAAUUGCCCACGUGGAUGGGGAGGAGCUGUUAGUUGGCACAACCCGGAAUGCUAUUCUAAGAGGCACUUUCUCAGGUGGCUUUGUGGCCAUAGUGCAGGGACAUGUGGAUGAGAUGUGGGGACUGGCCACCCAUCCAUCACAAAAUACAUUCCUCACCUGUGGACAUGACAAGCAGGUGUUCCUGUGGAACGCCGAGGAACACAUGGUGGACUGGUGCACCACUCUAGAGGAAGCAGCACUGUGCGCUGACUUCUGCCCAAAUGGCAGUGUGGUGUCAGUGGGACUAUAUACAGGAAGGUGGCUCGUCCUGGACCUGCAGACCAGGGAGAUUGUGUUUGACUGCACUGAUGGGAACGAACAGUUGUCGGUCAUGAGAUAUUCCCCAGAUGGAAGUUUCCUAGCUGUGGGCUCCCAUGACAAUUUCAUCUAUAUCUACAAUGUCUCCGAUGGCGGACGUCGCUAUACUCGCUUCGGGAAGUGUACAGGACAUUCCAGCUUUAUUACACACCUGGACUGGUCCAAAGAUGGGAAAUAUAUCAUGUCCAACUCAGGGGACUAUGAAAUUCUCUACUGGGACGUGGCCGGAGGAUGCAAGCUUCUGAGGAACCGCUUUGACAGUAGGGACCGCAAGUGGGCAUCUUAUACCUGUGUGCUGGGCUUCCACGUCAUGGGCGUGUGGCUGGAGGGAUCAGAUGGCACAGACAUCAACGCCCUGUGCCGCUCCCGCUGCGAGAGGAUGGUGGCCGUGGCAGAUGACUUCUGCAAGGUCCACCUGUUCCAGUAUCCCUGCCCCAAACCAAAGGCCCCCAGCCAUCGGUACGAGGGCCAUGGCAGUCACGUGACCAAUGUGGGCUUUACCCACAAUGACAGUCAUCUGCUCUCCAUGGGGGGGAAGGACACCAGCAUCCUGCAAUGGAGAGUGAGACGGGAAAAAGCAGCAGAGACACCUGACCGUGUCGCCCCUGCGUCCUCCAGCUCCAACUGCAUUCCAGAGACUGGGACAUAGAAAGAAAGUGCAAAUAUCAACCAAACAGCAGCAAUGAGCUACACAGGACACAGGAGCAGACUUUUAUAUUGACUAAAGGCUGAGCGCACUCUCAGACACACACAGAAUCUGAUCAUUUGUAAUGGCACUUGACACUCGUGUCAAAAGUAAACACUUAUAUAUCGGUUUAGGAUCAUUUUCUAAUUUACUGAAUUAUUUACACAGACAAAUAAAAGACCACAAAGGUUCAUAACGUAUUACCUGAAUCUUACAAUAUUCAGUUCUCCAGAGGUACGAGGCUGUUCUCAAGAGGCCUUCUCAAGUUACUGGUAGUUGCAUUAUAUUUCAUCAUGCUCCGUUUUUUCUGGAAGUGUUCUAUUAAAUUUCACGAUGUCUGAUUAUGUGCGGAUUGAAAAGCAAGGAUGUUAUUACAUUUUUACUGUUUUUUUUUUUUGGCUUAUUUUAUUAAUUAUUUUGGCUCUACUUUGUUGUGAGCCCAGUGAUUAAUAGUUUUUGUUGUGCUUUUGUAGCAUUACGUCAAUUAGUUCUUAACAACAAGGUGAUUUCUUUUCACCAAGAUUCGAGAAAACAAAAAAAUUAAAUAUUUUUAACUAACGCACGAGAAUAUGCUACUGACAUUUUCGCUGAGGUUACACGAUUUGAAAAUGUGAGUUGUGAUUUUGUUUCAAUAAAAAUACUUCAUUUAUUUGUCAUUUUUCCUCUCUAAAAAUAACGAAUACAAAAAGGAGCUACAAGUAACAACCCAGUGCUUUUCAAAUUAGCUUUGAAUUUAUUUUUUUGUAAGAACUGAGCCCUUUUGUUAAAAGACCAUGUCUUGGAAGUAACACACAGCGUUAAAUAAAGUGAACAGUUGCUGUGCGCGGGUUUUACUGUCGUCCAGCAACGUAAUGAACAAGAGCCCGAUUGACUCUGUGAAAGACGUCCUUAUUAGAGCGCCCGCAAGUGUGAGCCCGCAAAAACACCAGAGGGCGCCGACAGGGGGCGCCAUUUCACAAGAAACCUGUCACAAAAUAUUGCUGUUUAAUGAUUCCGCGAGGGCACUUCUCGCUGCUGUUAUCAUAUCAUUAUAAUAUCAAU